AUGCCUACAGCAAAACAAUACAGUGUAGUUUGCAAUAAAUUUCACCGAGUUGUGAACAAUGAUGAAAUCAGAAUUUACCAGUUGGACUUAGUUCCAAAGAUUCAUAAUGGACCUCCUCAUCCAUCCAAUUUUGGUUACAGCUAUGCCAAGCGACUAUUAGAUAUAGCAAAUCAAGCAUACCAUCAAAAACAUGGAGUAAUAUUUACUUCUGUCGUACCAUGUAAUGUGUUUGGACCGCAUGAMAAUUUUGACUUGCAAAAUGCCCAUGUUGUACCAGCGCUUAUUCAUCGAUUUCACAUAGCUCUAGAGAAAGGAGCUGAUAAAUUUGUGGUACUGGGAUCUGGAAAACCUUUGCGACAAUUUAUUUAUUCAUUGGAUCUUGCUAAGCUGUUUGUUUGGGUGUUAAGGAAUUACAAUGAUGUUGAACCUAUCAUCUUAUCAGUGGAUGAAAAAGAUGAAAUCACAAUUCGUCAGUUAGCUGAAAUGAUUGCAAAAUCUUUUAAUUUCCAAGGAAUUCUAGAAUUUGACAUUAGUGCUGCAGAUGGCCAGAUUAAAAAAACUGCUAGUAAUGUAAAACUUAGAAAAUUGUUACCAAAUUUUAAAUUUACCAGUUUAGAAACAGCUAUAGCUGACACUGUUGAAUGGUUCAAAAAUAAUAAUAAACAAGCAAGACUGGUCACUCCAUAAAUAAUAUGUUUUUAUUUAUGUUAUGAAUUUGAA